GUUGGACAAAUAGCGCGAUUGUUGGAGCGGACGAACACUUGGCUGAACGCUUAAACAAUAUACAAUGAAAACAGGCGUUCGGGCGAUACGAGGAAUCACAUGUGGGGUUUAAAUGGCAUGUAGUGGUAACGGGCUCCUCGGCACUAGAUGAUAUUACGUGCUGUUAUCACGAGCAGCGAGCCUGGCUGUGUCUGAGUAAACGGGUUACAUAACGGCGGCAGAUAGUUAGGAUUCAGGCGGACGGAGCCUCAAGUCAGUCCUCGGUGUCUGGGCCUGUCACUCGGCAGCGUUUUGGCUCACCUGCCUGAAAUAAAAUGGAAAACGCACAAUUUAGUAUGGAGUCAACUUUAGUGUCAGUGCGUCCGCGCCAGGUUCACUCCUAAACCCAUUAUUAGAACCUUGGUGAAGGAUUCUGUCCACGGGUUGGACCUGAUUUGCUAACGUGACUUUACCAAAUUCUCUUCAAAUGUAAAUUUUUGAUCUAUCAAAUAUCAUGGCAACAAAUUCACACCACACGUUUGCAAAACCAUUUAUGACAAAUGUUUGGCUUUGUUUAUUCGAAUGGUCCAGAACGCAGACAUGCCUGUUUUAUUACUGUAGAAGGGCCGAACGGGUCUUAUUGUGUCAGUCAACAAAGGGGAGCCAAUGGUUCUGGUUUGCUGUGAGUUCUGUGGCAGACGUGCUUUGAGCCCUGGAACGCUUCUGACCACGCUUUUCCUUACAGGGAGAAGCAGGAGGAACCCCCAAGCCUAUUUUUGACUCAGUGUUGUUGUGUCUUUGCUGGGCCUCAGAUGUUUUUGUUGUUGCUAUGACAAUGCUGAUAAUAGUGGGUCCGAGCAGCAGCGCUGUGGGGGCUGAAGGCAGCGGUGGUGGUGGUGGGUUUGGAGGAGGACCGGGUGUCGUGACCUAUUCAUUGGCCGUUUCAGCCGGAGACGUUGACGGAGGAGGUUCAAAUACAGCGGGGCAGGAGGGCAAAACCGGGCCUGGACGGGCUCAGUGAAAGAGCGAGUGGGGGAGAAAAUCAGGAUCUGGUCACGGGAAAGAUGAAUGCGUGAAAAACAGCCUGAGAGCAGACAGAUGACAAUUUCCUAAUUAUUCUAAUGGACAGCCAUGAACAAAUUGAGUUAGUGGAGUUGGAACGAUUGAGCAGAUGAAGGCAAAUGAGACAUGAAGAUACAGGGAAUGAGGAGUAGAUGGAGACGGAGGAUGGACCGUUGCUGUAAUGAGGCACUGGGGAAUUGAGAAAUCAAUGAGAUCUACGUUUGGACUGCAGACAGAAUGUACAGAGGACGGCUCCCUGAUGUGAACCCGGACUGGAUCAGCUGUGGGUCUGUCAGGAUGAGUUUAUUAGCUGCCGAUGGCUUCCAAGUAAAGGCAGAGCCGUUUCUCAGCUGUUUAAAUGCCACACAGAUCAUUUCCACAGACUGAGGCCUCCUGGCCAUAACAAACAUCUGUUACUGGUGUAGAACUGCCUUGUUUAAAUGUCAGCACACAUUGUACAGUGUCAUGGGCUGUAGUUGAAGAAUCCAGUGGUCACUUGAAAAACUGCAGCGAUUAUUACAAUGUUUUUAGCUGCUUUAAACCUUUUUGUCUGCCAGAUAGAUUUUCUGAUGCUGGUUACAGAAACCAUUUUUAAUCAAUUCUGACAGUGUGUUUGAGAAAUAUUGUAAAUCAAAUUACAAUAUAUCUGUGACAGCUCUCAUAAGAAGCCAUACAAACUGGACUUUAGUUUUAACUCAAAAUGACAAAAGUGUAUUUAUACACACAUUUCACCUGCAGCAAAGUCAAAUGUUGAAUGUCUAAUUUAAGCAGACGUAACCUCGAGUAUCAUCUGUUUCCAGAAGGCUCAAAGUUUACAUGGUCUUGUGACUCGCCAGACAAUUACAACAUUGACCUGACAGCUGUCUGUCUCAAACCACUGGCAUCACCUAUUAAAGAGUCAAGCACAACGAGCCCUCGACCACAACCGGGCUAUUAAAGACUAAUGAUUUCUAUUGUGCAGGUCAACGCUUGAAUUGAGGAAGUUUUCGGCCGUGUAGCAGCUCGUGUCAGUUUCCUGUGUGACUGACUGAGUCAACGAGGAAGUGAUUUACCGGAAGGGGAGCGCUUCCUUUAAACACCCCCACUCUGCCCUGUCCCUCACAAGAAAGGACCUGCUCAAUCUGUCCGGUGACUCAACAGAUCACUCCUCAGAACGCUCCUCUCAUGCUUGCUGACAAUGGAUUACACACAGAACGGGGUUCCAAUUGGAGAGAACAAGUUCAUUAGCAAGGCAACAAUACUCUCACAUCUUAAGACGUACAACCUCUACUAUGAAGGACAAAAUCUACAACUCAGACACAGAGAAGAAGAGGGGGAGUUGAUUGUUGAGGGCUUGCUGAACAUCUUCUGGGGGUUGCGGCGACCAAUUAGGCUUCAGAUGCAGGAUGACCACGAGCGGAUCAGACCACCCCCCUCCUCCACGUCCUGGCACUCUGGCUGCAAUCUGGACAGUCAAGGUUCGCCCAAUAGUGUAGAUGGUCAACAGACACUGCCACAGAGCCCGCCCACAGUGGAAGUGACGCCGCCUGACAACCAACUGGAAGACAACGGUGUGAUGGAGGAACACUCGCAAGAGGAAGAGGAAAGUGACAACUCCAGUCAGCUGCUCAGGACAAAGAGUGACGCCGGGGUCCUAAGACGCGGCCAGAGACGAUCGCCGAGUGACCAGAGGAAAAUUCGCCGCCAUCGCUUCUCCAUCAACGGACACUUUUAUAACCAUAAGACAGCAGUGUUUACUCCUGCUUAUGGCUCAGUGACAAAUGUUCGGAUCAACAGCUGCAUGACGACGCCUCAGGUGCUACGAGUUCUCCUCAACAAGUUCAAAAUUGAAAACAGCCCAGAUGAUUUUGCAGUGUACCUUGUCCAUGCAAGUGGAGAGCGUAUGAAGCUGAAGCGCAGUGACUACCCUCUGGUGCUGAGAAUUAUGCAGGGCCCCUGUGAGCAGGUCUGCAAAGUUUUCCUAAUGGAGGAGGAUCUGGGAGAGGAAGUCACAUAUGAUGUGGCACAAUAUAUCAAGUUUGAGAUGCCUGUCCUGCAGAGCUUCAUCACCAAGCUGAAGGAGGAGGAGGACAGGGAGGUGCAGAAACUCAGAAGAAGGUAUAAUUAUCUGAAGUGUAUAAUUGAGAAGCAGCUGGGAUGUUUUCCGGAGGGAGCAAAAUGUAUGUGAUCUGUUCAACUAUGAUGAGGACAAGCUCCACCACAUCAACGUUUGUCUUCACCCAGACAUGACCCAGACCCGGCCGACGGGACUCCAACGCAUGUCUUUCAGUGAUUAUGUCACUCCUCUGAUUUCCUGCCUCUGCAUGGAGCCAAGUUCAAGUUGGUGCACCCACCGCUAAACCUUUAACAUGCCAUAUGGUUUGCAUGUUAACUGUAAUCAUUUGAGCAAUAGUGAGAAGAAUCAUACAAACUCACACAACCUCAAAAUAUCUUGAUGAAGACCAAAUCCCUUUCUUUUCUUUUCUUUUUUUAAUCUCCUUGUCAUAACUUACAGUUAAGACAGAAAAACAUUCUUCCGGUACAGAGCAGAAUGAGCCGAUUGUGGGAAAGUGUCUUCUAAUACCUAAAAGCACAAACCUGUGGUCUUAGCAAAGUGCCUAGUCAAAGGGUUCCACAAACACCUGGAUAAUAUUAGUCUGAAAUUAUGACUGUUCUAAAUCUAACCUUUUUAACAGAACAGUAGAACCUUAUAACCACAUGCCAAUCAUUUCGUGGCCUAAAGCAUGUGUAGAGAAGUCAAAGUGUCCUGAGGCUUCUCAAAAAGCUGUGUUUGAGGAUUCGUAAAAUGUUGAAGUAGAAGUUACAGACGCUCACAGCUAACACUGUCCAAACCAGUCAUCUGUGAUUUUCCCUCAGAUAUGAAUGUUAAAGACAUUUUAAUACUGAGGUUGAGAGGACUAACUGCUGCCGUAUGACGCUACCACCAGCAGCCAGACAGCUUUACCUGGUGUGAAGACUGGACUAAUCACUAAUCCACCCACCAGCACACGGGGAGCACAAUAAUAAACAGACUGUUAGUGCUAUAAGACGCCAAAGCCACGUGUGGUCACUGUGAAUUUGAAAUUGUCUGUUUUCUGAUUUGUAGUUUGAAACAGACUAAGACGUUGGUCCCAGAGUUGCUGGUUGGUGGAUUUUCUUACUUUGGACAGAUUCUGUUUGGUUUUUUCCAGUUUUUAUGUUAGGCUGAGUUGAGUGCAGAAGCUGUCUCUGUCCUCUGAUGUAUAUGAUAAGAUCUGUCUCAUGCAGAGCCCUGGCUGAUGUUGGUCACAAGCUCCAUUUACAAAUACUGAAUUCCAGAAAACUCAGAUUGUUUUAUACAAAUUGAGGGGAUCUGACACAAAAAGCACAAAAAAGAGCGAAAUCCCUGUGACUGUGAAUAAUGAUUAAUUAAGGUGAAUGAAUGUAUGAAAAAUUAUUUCAAAGCCCUAUGGUUUGUUUCCACGUGUACAAAUCUCUGCCUGCGUUCGCUUUAGUCAGUGUGUGUGAGUUUAACAUGUUGCUGUACAGUUCAUGGUAAACUGUGUCGCCAAGUGAGUGCGUGUGAGACCGUGUGCAUGUUUUAUUUUUGGUGACUUGCCUGCUUUUGUAUCGUCUUUGACAAAGAUACUUUAGUCUUUCAAAUGUAGGGGAUUUGUCGUACGAUGAUUAUUUAAUAAAAAUGUUAUCUUGACAAAUGAUUAAC